AUGGCUCCGACAACUCCCCUCCGAACAUCCAAGAUGCCAGCACCGAGCGCCUGGGACUUCUUCCCGCACGAAUGCAACCUUCGGUUCGAGUCCGCCACGGAGGGUCCCCCGGCUCGCGUCUCGUAUCUCCUGAAAGUUAUCCCAAAGCAAUGCAAUUACCUCCAGAACCUGCAUGGCGGCUGUGCGGCCACCAUGGUUGAUGUCCUUUCUUCGACGUUACUCAUGGCACUCUCCAAACCGGGCUUGUACUCUUAUGGUGGUGUGAGUCGGAACUUGAAGACUACGUAUAUCCGGCCAGUGCCGGUGGGGAUGGAGAUCCGGCUGGUGUGUGAACUGGUGCAUAUGGGGAAGCGGAUGGCGCUGCUACGGGCCGAGAUUCAGAAGUUGGAUGGGAGUGUUUGUGUCGUGGCUGAACAUGAUAAGGCGAAUACGGAUCCUGCGGACACCAAGAUCUGA